AUGGGCAAGACCAACACUUCCAUUGCCCAAUACAUUCACCCCGAUACUCCUCUCCCUGCUCCAAUCCUUGGCAAGAAGGAGCACAACUUGCUCAAGCAAUGGAAGAACGGCGAAGCCUCAAUAACCAUUCUUGACUUCGACCCACUUGAGCUCGCCCGCCAGCUCACCAUCAAGGAGUCGCGCAUUUUCUGCUCGAUCCUUCCUGAGGAACUCCUGGACACGGAAUGGACCAUAAAGACAGGCUCCUUGGCUGUGAAUGUUCGCGCCAUGUCGACUCUGUCGACUGACCUUGCCCACCUCGUCGCUGACUCUAUUCUGUACCUGGAGGAGCCUAAGAAGCGUGCCGCUACCAUAAAGCACUGGGUCAAGAUUGCGAACAAAUGCCUGGAAUUGAACAACUACGACUCCCUGAUGGCAAUCAUUUGCUCAUUGAACUCGUCGAUGAUCUCUCGUCUGAAGAAGACCUGGGACAUUGUAUCGCAGAAGACCAAGACUGCCCUCGAGCAGCUCCGCAGCAUCGUGGAUGUGUCUCGCAACUACGCAGUGCUCCGUCAGCGCCUUCAGAACCACGUUCCCCCUUGCCUCCCAUUCGUCGGUACCUACCUCACCGACCUCACUUUUGUCGACCAUGGCAACCAAUCUCUCCGCACCCUCUGCACCGACGACUGUGAAAUGGCCGUCAUCAACUUCGACAAGCACAUGAAGACGGCUCGCAUUAUUAGCGAGCUCCAACGUUUCCAGAUUCCUUACCGUCUUACCGAAGUCCCGGAGCUACAGGCCUGGAUGCAGAAUGAGCUCGUUCGUGUGCGCUCAAACGGUGAAACAACCGCGCAAACCUUCUACCGCCGCUCCCUGGUUCUUGAGCCUAGAGAACCCUCCCGCAGCGGAAAUACCCUUCACUCCCAGACCUCCCAGCCCGAGUCAAUUCCUUCCAUGCUCGACAAUGCCAAGGACAAGUUUGACUUCCUCUCGUGGACCAACCAGUCUAAGGCGAAAUCCGUCACGACGCACGGAUAA